CACGACCCUCCCUCUUUUGUUAACUUAAGUAGUCAAUCUUUCUCUUAAACUAUUUUGGGCUUCAAUUCAAUGACGGUCUCUCAUAUAAUAUGUUUGAUUCUUGGAUUGGUGACGGUAUUUUAUGGAGCUACCGGAAGCAAAGGUUCCGGUGACCGGCAGCAGCUGUGGGACCCGUUGAUCAGGUCACCGGUGGAUCUGGAAGCAGAUUUGGAUGAAAAUAUGACAAACGGAACCCGAUGGGCGGUUCUAGUCGCGGGUUCGAAAGGAUUUGGGAACUAUCGGCAUCAGGCAGAUGUUUGUCAUGCAUAUCAAGUUCUUAAGAAAGGAGGUUUGAAAGAUGAAAACAUAGUAGUGUUUAUGUAUGACGAUAUUGCUUCAAGUCCUUUGAAUCCAAGGCCGGGGACCAUUAUCAACAACCCUAAAGGCGACAACGUCUAUGCUGGUGUGCCCAAGGACUACAAUGGGGAACAUGUAACGGUAGAUAAUUUAUUUGCCGUGCUUCUUGGUGACAAAAAAUCGGUAAAGGGUGGAAGUGGGAAGGUUGUCGAUAGCAAACCGGAUGACCGGAUCUUUCUGUUCUACUCAGACCAUGGAGGUCCUGGAGUGCUUGGGAUGCCCAACAACCGUGCUCUUGUAGCGAAAGACUUGGUAGAUGUUUUGAAAAGGAAACAUUCCAUGGGUACAUACAAAGAAAUGGUUAUAUACUUGGAAGCGUGUGAAAGUGGAAGCAUCUUCGAAGGCAUACUUCCACAAGAUCUUAACAUAUAUGCCACAACUGCAUCGGGGGCUCAAGAGAACAGUUAUGGAACUUAUUGCCCGGACACAAAACCUUCUCCACCACCUGGGUAUUCAACUAGCUUGGGAGAUCUAUAUAGCGUUGCUUGGAUGGAAGAUAGUGAGAUGCACAAUCUGAAAAAAGAAUCGCUCGAGCAACAAUUCAACAAGGUGAAGGAGAGGACAUCUAUGUCCAAUACUUACAUGUCAGGUUCACAUGUGAUGGAAUAUGGUACCAAAGAUAUGAAACAUGAGAAGGUCUCUUUGUAUUUAGGAUUUGAUCCAGAGACCGCAAACCUCCCGCCUAAUCGGAUUCACUUUGAUAAGACGGAUGGUGUAAAUCAAAGAGACGCUGAUCUUAUAUUCUUGUGGCAAAGAUACAAGGAAUCGCCUGAAACAAGGGCUGAAGUUCUCAAGGAGAUUACAGAUACAUUGACACACAGGGGUCAUUUGGAUAGUAGCAUUGAUAUGAUUGGGGUGCUUCUUUUUGGACCACAAAAUGGUCGGUCAAUCCUCAAUUCUGUUAGAGAGCGUGGGCUACCACUAGUGGAUGACUGGGAAUGUUUUAAAUCUAUGGCUCGGUUAUUUGAGAAGCAUUGUGGGUUGCUAACCCAAUACGGCUUGAAGCACAUGCGUGCCUUUGCGAACAUCUGCAAUAACUUGGUCGAGAAGGUGGUGGUUGAGGAAGCGUUUGCUGCUACUUGUGGCGGAAAGAACAUCGGACCAUAUGCUAGCUUUGGGGUAUAUAGUGUGUGAUUCUCUUACGUGUUUAGCAUACGUUUACUCGUCAAUAAACUUAUGAUGUGAACUUGUAACUUGAAAUAUUGUGUUUUAAGGAAGUUUGUUGUGCAUGUACGGAUGAACUUAAGGAA